AUGCCAUAUAUCAAAAGUCCACCGCAAUAUCCGACCGCAAAUUUGAAAAAAUGGUGGGUCGAAAUUUCGUUCCAUGAAAUGCGAAUCUACGAUAGGAAAGAUGUUUUAAAGCGUGAAACGCGCGAAACAAGAUCGCGUUUCGUUCGAGCGUUGAUAAAAUACGGCAAGCUAUACUGUAAGUACACGAAGCUGGCGGGUUUCAAAUAUUUCACGGAAUCCAGUACGACGUGGUUCGACAGAACGGUUUGGUUUCUGCUGUACGCGUUCAUGGUGCCCACUAUGGUUUACACGGUUUAUUACAGUUACGUGGAAUUCAUGAAAAAUCCUGUGAUGACCAGCGUGGAAACGGAAUUUUUUCCGACGUACAAAUUAAAUUUUCCAGGUAACUGA